AUGAUGCUUCAAGGAUAUUAUUUUCUUAUUAAUUUCAACAGUCUUUACUUUAUAUCAUAUUCGCCUUAUUGGUUUGGAUCGUUUUUUGUAAUAUAUUUGAAAUAUUGAGUGAAUUAUAAAUGACAGUAUUUAAUUUCUAGGUUAUUCUUGCACUUGCAUCAUCUUUAACUUUAUCUAAUGUUGCACCUGAAGCAAUACAAUCGCCACAGUUGUGGAAGAUAAAAUCUACUGACUUAAAAAUAAUGAAACGAAUGAAAUUUGAAAUCAAGAUAAUCACAAUUUAUGCAAUUGUUAAUACAGUUAUUUCAUUAAUUGCUGGUUUAGCUCACACUUUUCCAUCAAAAAAUGCAGAGGAAAUAUGUUAUGUGUAUAAACUAAUUGAAAUUUAUGUACCAAAGUGGAAAACUGAACUUUGUUGGAUGUAUAAAGCUAGUUACAUAAUUAUGGCGCUAGCACUACCAGCAAGCUGCAAUCAAGUGGUAUAUGGGGCGUCUCAUAUAAGAUUUCAAGGCUAUUUGCUUUUAGACUCAAUAAAGCACAAUAUACAGAUGGAAAUGUACGAUGACUUAAAAUUGCCCAAUGACAAGGGUUUUCAAGACAAAAUUACAAAAAGAAUUCUUCGAAUUGUAAAACGUUAUUCGAUAAUAUCCAAGAUCCUUCAAAAUGUUAAUCAGAAAAUAUAUAUUUAUAUAUUGUUGUAUGGUAUUUUUGCUAGUGUACUGGGGAUAAGUAUUCUUAUGUUUUAUUUUAAGUUUUCAAAUACUCUAGAAAUGAGUGACUAUUUUCAUGCCGGAACUUUAACCGUAGCAGCAAUUACCACUUUUAUGGCAACAAUAACAUCUGGUCAGAAACUUGAAAAUAUUAAUGAAGAACUUUCAGUCACGUGGUCUUUAGUGCCCUGGUAUUUGUUGAACAAAAGGAAUAAACAAGUUUACCUUACGUUUAUGAUAAAUUUUAUCAAACCAUUACGUUUUCGAUUCACAGAAAACUUGGCCAUAAAUUAUAAUUUAGGAGCAUUUAUUGGAAAAAUGAUUUAUUCUAUGUUAUCACUUCUUACACAAAUGCGUGGUAAGGAUACUUUGUAAACAAUUGUAAACACGUCAUGUUUUACGUACUACAAAUGGUUUUUAAUAUUGCAAUUCUAUUUUCAACAUCAAGAUUUUAAAUGUUUAACCCUUCAACAACACUCCCAACCAUAAGAUAGCUCAAACAAAUUUUGGCAG